AUGAGCAGACCAGCAGAUUUCGACAGUGAUGGUUCGUCCAAAGCAGGGACGCAUUCUCAGGACACAGGACGUGCAGCAGGCACUGACGCAAAUGCCGAGAACCCGGUCGAGGAGUUGUCAGAGCACGGGGCACAGCGGAUGUCUGGCAGUUUUCAGACGGGGACAGAAGGGCGCGGAACGGAGGAGGCAGCUCAAAAUGAGGCAUUGCCGGAGCAUGAGGCAAAGCGGAAGUCAAGUAGCCUGCAGUCGGGAACAGAGGAGCGCGGAAGGCAAGAAGCCGCAGACCAAGAGGAAGCCUUGCGCAGGGAUGUUGAUGAGAAUCAGCAAGAGUCUCAAGACACAGGACGUGCAGCAGGCGCUGACGCAAAUGCCGAGAACCCGGUCGAGGAGUUGUCAGAGCACGGGGCACAGCGGAUGUCUGGCAGUUUUCAGACGGGGACAGAAGGGCGCGGAACGGAGGAGGCAGCUCAAAAUGAGGCAUUGCCGGAGCAUGAGGCAAAGCGGAAGUCAAGUAGGCUGCAGUCGGGGACAGAGGAGCGCGGAAGGGAAGAAGCCGCAGACCAAGAGGAAGCCUUGCGCAGGGAUGUUGAUGAGAAUCAGCAAGAGUCUCAAGACACAGGACGUGCAGCAGGCACUGACGCAAAUGCCGAGAACCCGGUCGAGGAGUUGUCAGAGCACGGGGCACAGCGGAUGUCUGGCAGUUUUCAGACGGGGACAGAAGGGCGCGGAACGGAGGAGGCAGCUCAAAAUGAGGCAUUGCCGGAGCAUGAGGCAAAGCGGAAGUCAAGUAGCCUGCAGUCGGGGACAGAGGAGCGCGGAAGGGAAGAAGCCGCAGACCAAGAGGAAGCCUUGCGCAGGGAUGUUGAUGAGAAUCAGCAAGAGUCUCAAGACACAGGACGUGCAGCAGGCACUGACGCAAAUGCCGAGAACCCGGUCGAGGAGUUGUCAGAGCACGGGGCACCGCGGAUGUCUGGCAGUUUUCAGACGGGGACAGAAGGGCGCGGAACGGAGGAGGCAGCUCGAAAUGAGGCAUUGCCGGAGCAUGAGGCAAAGCGGAAGUCAAGUAGCCUGCAGUCGGGGACAGAGGAGCGCGGAAGGGAAGAAGCCGCAGCCCAAGAGGAAGCCUUGCGCAGGGAUGUUGAUGAGAAUCAGCAAGAGUCUCAAGACACAGGACGUGCAGCAGGCACUGCCCCAAAUGCCGAGAACCCGGUCGAGGAGUUGUCAGAGCACGGGGCACAGCGGAUGUCGGCUAGUUUUCCGUCGUCGACAGAAGCGCGCGGAACGGAGGAGCAUGAGGCAAAGCGGAAGUCAAGUAGCCUGCAGUCGGGGACAGAGGAGCGCGGACGGGAAGAAGCCACAGACCAAGAGGAAGCCUUGCGCCGUGAUGUUGAUGAGAACCAGAAAGAGCAUCAGGACACAGGACGUGCAGCAGGCACUGCCGUAAAUGCCGAGAACCUGGUCGAGCAGUUGUCAGAGCCGUCGUCGACAGAAGCGCGCGGAAUUGAGGAGGCAGCCCAAAAUCGAGCACUGCCAGAGCAUGAGGCAAGUAAGACAGAGGAGCACAGAAGGGAGGAGGCAGACAGAGGCUGUUCUCCUGCUUCAAAAACGCUGGCCGCGCAAGCACAGGAUGCGAAUCCAGAGCCACCAACCAGCACUGGGCAGCCCACAAGAAAGCCACGGAGCAAUGCCAGCGAAAAAGUGCAGAAGCGCGGCAAUAGCCUGGAAGCGCGUGCUGCACAGAAGCAGGCAAAGCGGGAGAAGAUGGCGAAGCCCAGCGCCAUUGCGAGCGCCUUCCUCGAAACCGCUCCAAGAAGCCACCGGCACGUCGGAGUUGGCAACGCCGAGCCUGCGCCGCGACCACCCGGCCCGGCGGGGCCGCCGGCCGGGCCAGGCCCUGGCAGGUGGAACUUCUCAACCGAGGUGGAGGUAAAGCCUGAUGAGCCGAGUAUGGCCACGCUGGCGCGGAGACCGGACGCCCCAGACAAGCUGGAGACAGGCGAGCCGAAAGCCAAAGCGUCGGCCCCGGCACCCCCGGCACCAUGGGAGCGGCUUUACCAGGCGAAGGUGGGCGCGAAGGCAGUCUCUCAGACCGCUGCUGAGGAAGUGAAAACGUGGCUUCCGGAGGACCAGGAGCUGUUCUCCUUGCGAAACGAGGUCUUCUUGCUAAAACGCGAGCUCGCAUGUUUGCAAAGCGCACCUCCGAAGCCGAGCACCGGCUGCGGAGACGGGGCAUUCCAUCCCCCGAUGCGAUUUGGCACGCAGCCGCCGCGGCAGGUGGUCCAGGCUGCGCGCCGAGUCGAGAAGGGUGCCGGUGCUGUCAUGCGCAAGGGCAACGAUCUACUCAGCCUCCGCGCUGAGAGGGACCGGCUCCUUGUGCAGCGUUCGGAGAUGCUCAGCGUAAGUGCCAUCGCCAACAGGCCCAAGUCGAAAUCCCCGAGGAAAGAGGAGAAGGAUUGCGAAUCCAGAGCGAGGAUUGAGAAAGCGGACAGGAUCGACCUGAGCCAGGCCAACGAAGGAUCGAAGCUGGAGCAAGACGGCAACAGCCGAAGUCCCAGCCCCAGCAGAUCCUCGCGAAGCACAAAGCACCCUCAAACAGGGGAAGGAAAGCAGGCUGUGCUCAGCUGCAGUCCACUCAGCAAGCAGGGUGUCAAAGCAAAGCAGGCAACUGGUGCUUUGGCUAGCAGCAGAACUCCGAGCCCGAAUAGAUCACAAAUUGCUGGCAAGCAAUCCAGAGAAAAGCAGGAAAGCCGAAGCCUUAGCCCCAGCGUGUCGCUGCGCCUGGUGCAGCGCCCUCGAAGAGAGGCCGAGUCACAGAAGGCUCGCAGCAGGAGUGCCAGCCCGACUACGUCAACGUCACCUCGGCGUGCUCAGAGCCAGCGAAGCGGCAAAGCCCAGCAGGCUGCAAAGCUUCGGGCAGCUCACAGAAGCCCGACUCCUGUGAAUGCGCACACCCGAAAAGAAGCAAAGAAGGCAGAGAUCCCGGUGCGCAGCGAGAAGAAGCUGCAGCGAGCAGCGUGCUCGCAGGGAGCCACGGGGCGGUCUUUCACGUCGAGCUCCGCUACUGUCUUUGAUCGCUUGCAUGAGCAUCACAACCGGAGACUGCAAGACUUGAAGGAGCGUGCAGUGGCUGCUGAAGCAGAAGAGCAGGAGCGUGCGCAGGCGCUGCAAAGCCGAACUGUCUGUCUGCGGUCUUCAGCCGAAGCACAGGCUGCAGGUCAACGAUUGUACGAGCAGCGCAAGGGCGGAAAUGGCGGCAAGACAGAAUCUUCCUGGGUGAAGCAAGAGUCUAACAUCUGCAGGAUGUCACCGCAGGCGCCCACCGGUGAGCCGCGAUGGGAGCAGCUUUACGCUUCUGCACAACGCCAGUCAGAACGACUGCAACACCGUCGACUCUUGCAGGAGAUGGAGGAAGAACAUUGGAUGAAGACACAUUCGUUGCAUAAGGGUGAAGAUGACGGGACUGCCUAUGAUCGACUGUACCAAGAUGCAAUGCAACGAGGUCAGCGGCUUUAUGCGAAAGAACAAAUGCACCUGGCAGCAGAAGCACGGGAACUAUCAGAGGCAUUCGUGCACGGAACAUAUUCCGGAAACUUGGCAGCCGAAGUUGCGGUGCAGCGAUCACGUUGUCUGUACGAGGAUGCUGGGCAGAGGUUGGAGAGGCUGGCUGCAAAGAGGGAGUUGCACAAUCCUGGAAAGCUGAGUGCCCAGAACCAUGUGCCCUUCGAUCUCAGCCAAAGUGUACGUUUGCACAAUUCCGCCGCUGUGCGGCAGCAGAACCCCGCCACAGAGAGGCAGGUGCAGGCAGGCCCGGGUGAUGCUGCUGCCAUGUCACAGCUGCUGCUGUCCCGGGCAACAUCCUGGCGAAAAAGCCAGCGUUAA